AGAUAGAUUUGCAUGGAUUAAUUAUAAUAAAUAAUUAAUAAUUAGGGCCUAAUAGAUUCUAGAUCUAGAAGAUUAAGAUUAGUAUAGCCUACUAGAUCUAUCUACUACUAGAAUCUAGAAAUCUAGAUCAAGUGCAAGCAAGUUGCUGAGUGCACCAUGAAAUCUACUGUGGAGCUUCUCUUGCUGGUGUUGUUGUGGCCAACAUUGACACAAGCUGCUGUCAAUCCACCAACUCAAUGUUGUUCCUGUGAUGAUCUCAUGCCCAUGUUUUCACCUAGUGGGAAAUUCCCUCAAGUUAUGCCAUCACCCUUCAAAAUCGAUUUCAUAGGGCCAAACUACAGGCCUGAUACAGAAGUUCGAGUUAAUUUGCUGGCCGAGGCAGGUCACAGUUUUCGCUCCUUCAUGCUUGGUGCUUACACCAUACCAUACAAAGUGGGCAACAAGCCAGUGGGUCAGUUCAAGUUGCUGCCUAACCAAGACUUCCUGGUCAAGCAAGAUUGUAGUGAAGGAAUUGUAGGAGGAAACAGACGAACUGCUAGUGUCAUUGUUAGCCAGGAUAUGAAACCAAAGAACAAUCUCCGCUUUGUAUGGGAAGCUAAUGGAAACUAUGGUCAUGUGGAAUUCAGAGCAACAUUUGUGGUUGAUGAUGAUACCUUCUGGGUGUCAGAGAAAUCCAGGCUCAUUCUUGACCCACUGGCCCCAGUUCCACCACCUGACUCUUCAAGACAGAGGUCCAUAAGUCCUAUCAGCACUGACCGUUGUGGAGAGAGCAAGGGCUGCUACCGUGAACCAGCUGGCUGUAUAGAGCCCCAGUGUUUGUACAUCCUGACUUGGAUGACCUAUGCCAGUCAUGUCUCCUUUGAGUUGGGUGGCUUGGCUGAUGGCUCCAAUGAUAGAUAUGUAGCAGUAGGCUUAUCUGAUGACAAAUAUAUGGGAGAUGACACUGUAAUGACAUGUGCACAUAACUCAGCUAAUGACAAGACGGAAAUGUUUUUGUCCUACAACAAACAAGAUCCUAAAUCUAAUCACCCGAUUGAGAAAUAUGUCGGAGAUUCACAGAAGCUUUCCUAUAGUGUUCUACUUAAUGAAGAAGGUUCUUAUGACAAUGGCCGCCUACGGUGUCGUUUUAACAUUACACGUGACCUAGAUCGACUGAGGAAAGAACUUCGUCCCUUGCGUGGUGGGCCGGUACACUUGCUGUUUUCCCGUGGCUUUGCUACUAGAGGAAGUCCAAACCGCCAUGGUUUAAGUGUUGAAGAAUUACCUUUGGCCAGUGCUCAAAAAGUUGAUCUGUCCAGAAUGUCAAAUUACUUUGGCAGAGCAAGAUACCCCCUGGCUAAAGCUCAUGGGUGUCUGAUGAUCUUGGCAUGGGUGUUUUUUGCUUCUUUGGGUAUGUUGUUGACUAAAUACUACAAACCUAUGUGGCCAAACAAGAGGAUCUUUGAGCAGAAAUACUGGUUCUUUGGUCACUUCAACUGUAUGGCAAGCAUGUUCAUAAUCACAGUCAUUGGCAUUAUUCUCAUAUUUGUGGAGGCGGAUGGCUAUAGUGAGGCUCCAGACUUGCCGCAAAGAGCCCAUCCUAUCCUGGGUAUUAUCAUCUUCAUCUGUAUCAUCAUCAAUCCUGUGCUAGCCUUGAUCCGGCCACAAGAGGACAGCAAAUGUCGACCAGUCUUCAACUGGUUUCACUGGGCCUUUGGGACCAUCGCCAAUGUGCUUUCUAUUCCAACAAUUUUUAUUGGCAUGGACUUUGGUAAAGUGAUGGUCCCCUGGUGGGCCACCUGGAUCCUGGUCAUCUGGGUCAUCUUCCACAUUGCUGUAGAGCUGUCCCUUGAGAUUCACCAGUGCUGUACUUACAAGAAAAACAAAGAACGAAGAAAGAAGUGGGAACAAACCAAAAGAGAAUAUCCAAAGCAGCACCACCCAGAGCCUGAGCCAGCUGGACGUAGAUUUAAGAGAUUUAUGUUGUUUCUUCACAUUGGCUUCACUGCCCUGAUCACUCUCAUCAUGAUCAUCAUAAUAGCUGUCUCGUAAUCUGCUGGAUCUACUUGUUGGAUGUAUAGAAACAUAAUAUUCAAAAACAUCAACUAUAGCUAACUUAAAAAAGCAAUAGAAUUAUCAAAGUAGUGUACACUUUUUAUUAAAUGUAUCUGUUAGCUCUAAAAUUAGACCAGAUGGUUACUUUGUAUGCUGCCACUAGGAGUGGUCACCAAAAGUCAGUGAGUAGACUGUGCCUUACUCUGUAGAUUCAAGUUCAUGUAUCUUCCUGUCAAUUGUUAUCUUGCUUGUAUUGACUAUUGUUGUAGAACUAGAAUUAACAGCUGCCCUUUAGUUUUUCUUUGGGUCUGCUACCAAUUACUUCAAUCAGCAGAAGACUGAAUAAAGAACAAGAUGGAGAUGUUGGAAGUUCAUAUGACAGGAAACACCAAAGCUAGAUCUGACUCCACCCCUUUCUGACUACGCCCCUGUCCUUUCUGACUCCACCCCUGUCCUUUCUGACUCCACCCUUGUCCUUUCUGACUCCACCCCUGUCCUUUCUGACUCCACCCCUGUCCUUUCUGACUCCACACCUGUCCUUUCUGACUCCACCUGUCCUUUCAGACUCCACCUGUCCUUUCAGACUCCACCUGUCCUUUCUGACUCCGCCCCUGUCCUUUCAGACUCCACCUGUCCUUUCUGAUUCAAUGUUUUUUUUUUCACCCUGCUUUACCAAUCAGCUGUUAAAUGAGUGGUACUUGCAGUGUGUUGAACAUUUCAUGAGCGUUUGCUUUUUAACGUUUCAAUGAACCCAGUAGAGUUGUCCACCUUCUACUCAGUGGGCCAGAUCUGCUGUCUUGUUUUAUUUCUUUCUACUUUCAAUAAGUAGGAAAUAGAAACUUUAGACAAAUAUUUUUAAAUAUCCAGCAUUGUAGUUUUUAUUUUUUGAGUUGCCUAUAUGUACAUGAUGAGAUUUAGUCAAGUGUUUUUUGUACUUGCUGGUGCUAUAUAUAUAUAUCUAUAUAUUUAUUUAUUUUUAUUUUUUUCCUCUUCAUGUUUUAUGUAAGAUAUAUCUGAUAUUUUCACUUUUUAAAUCUUUAACAAAUUAUCCAUUGACUGAUAUUUUUUUUAUUGAACACAGCUUUAGUGUGCAAACUUUUUCUAAAUUACAAUUUGUAGAAGUGCAUUUAUAAAUCAUUAAAGAAGUAUGUAACUUA